CGGCCCGAAGGCGUCGCCGAGCAGUCCGACGCAGGCGGGCGCGCCUUCGCAGGCCAGCUCCGCCUCGGUGCACGGGGCGAGCAGCGAGCAGUCCACCGGCGAGGAGCCUCCGGGGCCGCCCGACGCGGUGGGCGCGGCACCGCCUGGCUCGGACACCCAGGAGCCGCGGGCUCCGGGCGGCCUCCAGGCGAUGGAGGCCCUGAAGGCCGAGAAGGCCAGCUCCGCCUCGGUGCACGGGGCGAGCAGCGAGCAGUCCACCGGCGAGGAGCCUCCGGGGCCGCCCGACGCGGUGGGCGCGGCACCGCCUGGCUCGGACACCCAGGAGCCGCGGGCUCCGGGCGGCCUCCAGGCGAUGGAGGCCCUGAAGGCCGAGAACGAGCAGCUGAAGCUCGAGCUGGAGCAGGCAAGGGCCGAGCUGAAGACCCUGAAGGCCGACGGCGGUGAACCUGAGCUGUCCACCAGCAAGUCGCCAGGCGCCGAUUUGGACGAGGCGGUGUGCAAGCCUCUGGACAAGUUGCAGGCAGACAGGCUGGUGGAGACGAAAGCCUUGGAAGAAAGCGCCAUCAAGGAGCUGGCUUUCCAGGCCAAGCUCAAGGACUCCCUGUGGCAGGUCGAGCAGCGCAGCAGGGAGGAGUGCCAGGACCACGAGCGGCAGCUGGAGCAGAAGUUGCAGGACUACCGGGAGAGUUGGGCCAGUGAGGUGAGACCCCUCCACGACGAGGUCCUGCGCCUCCAGAGCGGCGCGCUACAGGCCGAGGAGAACGCGGCACGCGCGCGGGCGCGCGCGGGUGCCGCAGCCCGCGGGCCAGAAGCGCCAGCAUCGCCCGAGCGGUUCGUCGGCGGCGCCUCGGCCAUGACGCCCUCCGCGGCUGCCAGGCCCGCGAUGUGGUCCGGGUCUCCCGCCAGCGCAGGCGCGCCGGCGAGCUCGGGACCCUUGGCGGUGAAUUUCCAGGCGCCCGUGGCGGUGCAGCUCGAGCCGGUGCGCCCAGCGGAGGCCCCCAGGCCUGUGCCGCCCACGGGCGCGCCCGGGUCGCCACCGCGUUCGGCAUCGCCGCCCAGGGCCUCCCGCUUGCUGCUCGCCCCCUCGCUGGGCAGCCCGAGCUCCUCGCGCGCAGCCGCGGCCCGGCCCUUCUCCCCGUCGCACCCCGGCGGCCCGGGCGGGCCCCUGCAGCAGCGCUUCGGCCCCGGCAGCCCCGGGCGCCCGCUCGCGGGCGGCUCGCCCGCACGAGCGCUGCCGCCCGCCGCCGCCCCCGCGGAGCCCCUGGCCGGGACGCGCGCGGCCCUGCAGCCGGCGGUGGCGGCAGCCACCGCCUGGGCGCCUGCGCAGCUGGGAGGCGGGUCUCCCGUGGCGCCCACCGCACCGAGCCGGGCCGCCGCUGGCCUGCGCGCGCCGCAGCAGGCCCGCGGCCGCCUGAGCAUGCUGGAGGACGAGGUGCGCCAGUUCGCACAGCAGCUCGGCAUCGGCAUCUCGGACCGGUCCUCGGCGUCGCCGCAGCGCGUCGCCCCCAGGCCGACCGACAGCCCAGCGCAGCGAGCGGGGCGCUCGGCCUGGAGCUAAGAGAGCCUCCGGCGAGCGGGCGUGGCCUCGUUUUCCGCUGCGCGGGCCGCUGUCUGGCCGCACGCCGGCCGCGAGCGGUUGCCUGCAUCAUCCGCCACGCUAACGGAGGACACGGAAUGAUAGAAGAGGUCCCCUCUUUCCCUCGGGUGGGCCGCGCCACCCUCA